GAUAUAUUGUAUAAGGCAAAAAUGAUUUUCCCGAUGUCCUCUACACGAAUAUAUGUUUGUCCAGUUUAUGAUGUAUAUAUUUCCUAGAGUUCGAUUUAACCCUUUCACUACUGGUGUCCAUAAUUAUGGACAUCGACUUCAGAACCCUAAAAUACCAACUGAUUAAAGAAACAGAUUUCUGCAGAUAAUACACAACAUGCAUCUACUCCCCUUCUUCCCAUUAGUAAUUAGUUUCCAUGUCUAACAAUAGAGGUCACUUGUUUUGAAUUCAAACAAUCAUGGCAUCCACGAGUGUCCGCAAGUCGACUGAGAGGUCCGGUGUAUUUGUACGAAGGGGAGGUUUCCAAAUAGAAAAGCAUCUAAUAGAAUUGUUCGACAAACUUGAGGACGGCAAUUUUUCCGAUUUAUCAGACCUUUCCGACGAUGAAUUGCUGAACACCGCCGCUGACGAAUUGAAAAGUCUAAAUGCUAACGAAUUCGAAGAUGAUGACGAAAAUAAUGAUGUCGCUGAUACUCCAGAGGAACAAACUGAAGGAAUUAUUUAUACGGAAAAAUCUGAAAUAAAAUGGACCAAACGACCGGCGUAACAGUUUGCGAUUGGGGAGUGGAGAGCGGAACCUGAUGAAAAUAUAAAUGAUGAACAUUCUCUGCCAGACCCAAUAGAAUAUUAUAACAAAUAUAUCACAGAUGAUUUGGUAUUGAAAAUGGUAGAUAAUACCAAUUUAUACGCUGUUCAGAACAACAGUAGUUUUAUAACUACCAAUAAAAAAAAAUUGAGGUUUUUAUUGGUCUGCAUAUUCUCAUGGGUACCUACAUUGAGUUUCCCAAGAAUUAGUCUUUAUUGGGAAAGCAAAUUAGGUAUGAAUAUAUUCAAAGAAAAUAUGACAAGAAAUUGAUUUUAUAAAUUGCGCACGCAUUUCCAUUUGGUCAACAAUCUAGAAAAUUUUGUAUUUAUGUUUAUUAUUUCAUUUAGAAUUUUCAUUGUUUUUUUGAAAAAAAUUAUCAAAUUUUUUAAGAAUUUUUAUUGUUUUUUUAUAAAUUCUUAUUUUUUGUUGAAUAAAAUAUUCGUAAAAUAAAGAAAAAAAAAUUUGAAGUGAUACCAAUGCAACCAUUGAGUGUAAUUGUCCAUAAUUAUGGACAUUUUUUUUUCUGUGAAAAAACAAAUUUUUCCUCUUUUUCAUGAAAGAUAUUUUAUACUUAGGGUUUUACUCGACUGAAUCAUAAAAAAAAAAUUUUUUUUUUAAUGGAAAGGGGUCUGUUAGUGAAAGGGUUGAAGACUUUUUGGAGAGGAACGCCAGUUGAUAGUAUAGGAUUGUGCAAUUAAAGUGGAUGGAGUACAGCGGAAUUAUUCAUGGAUAUAUUGAGGCAUAUUGAAAAGCAUUUACAGCCAAAGGCAGAAGAAGGAAAAUAUGUUCUACUGUUGAUGGAUAGAUAAUAGUGAUACUCACAUUUCGGUAAAUGCUUUAAAAUUUUGCCGUGAGAAUGGUAUAGUUUUGCUCAGUUUUCCACCUCAUACACAAACUCCAUCCUCUUGAUGUUGGAGUUUUUGAUCCAUUUGAGUUAUAUCUUAAGAAAUCCAUCAAUAAUUUUAUGAUCAACCGCCCAGGCCAAAGAGCAUCUAUUUAUGAUAUAGGAGAACUUACAGAAUCCCCAUUUAUAGAGGCAUUUACGCCAAAAAAUAUCACAUCAGGAUUUCGUGCCACGGGGAUUUACCCAUAUAACCUAACCUAACGAGGUUAUAUUUCCUGUGAAAAAAGGAUUUUACAUAAAAUUCCGUUUUUUCGUCAUUUUGUCAGAAAAAUCAACUUUCAGAAAAAAACCUCCUUUUAGUCUAACGGAAAGGUUAGGUUAUGUGACAUUGCGGAGAUCAUUUAUAUAGGAAAUUAACCAAAGAAGAAUUUUACAAAAUUUUGCAAUUAUAUGCUUUCCAAUGUCUAUAUGUAUCUGGAAAUUGUCCACUGGCAAUUAUUUAUUUGAUUCGCAUCAAAUGGAGGAAGGGCAUGUCUGCUCAAAUUUCAUAGUGAUAGCGAUUUGCUGAGUUUUUUGUUAUAAAAUUAUUCGGCUGGCGAACAGUAGGUACAGUCUGAGUCCGAUCGAGAUGCCUCCCCCAUAGAUAGUUGCUAAAAGUUCUUCUACUAGUAGAAGAGCUCUGAAGAAACGAAAUAUUGAUUUACCUUAAGAUCGCGCUUCAAAUGAAUCCACCAAAGAUGCAAUCUUGAGAGCAUAUCAAGAAGACACAGAAAGUUUUCAUCUUUCUCCAGAUGUUCAGAUGACUUGGGAUUGAAUGAUAAACCAAGCCAUAUUUGGAAUUUAGGCGAAUCCAGUUUUUCUUCAGAUCCCUCGAAGAGUAAAGUUGUUGGGAAAAUCGGUGCUCCAUCCACAAGAACAACAAGCGGGCCGGGACGUGAAAACACUACUGUGUUGAUGGCUUAUAGUGCUUCUGGGAAUAAACUACCCCCAUUGAUCGUAUUCAAAGGAAAGAUCAUAUGGAAUGAAUGGGUAGAAUCAGAAGGAUCAGAAUAUCCAGAAACAGCGUACGCAGCUACAAAGAAGGGUUGGAUGGAAACUGAGGUUUUCGAAAAUAUUUCAAGCGAACCCUAAUUCCAAAUAUUGGUACGGAUCAACCAAUCCUCCUUAUUCAUGAUGGACAUUCAACCCACACAACUGUUGGGGUGAUUCAAUCAGCAAUUGAACAGCAGAUCACUAUAUUAAAGUUGGCUCCCCACUUUUCUCACUUACUCCAACCACUUGACCGAGCUGUGCUUCGUUCCUUAAAAUCUUCUUGGGAUAUUAAAUUAGUAAAAUGGCGAAGGGAGCACCAUGGAAUGAAAAUUCCUGAGAAACAAUUUUCUUCAUUGAUAGGUCGAGUUUGGCUAGAAACAAGUGCAGAUAUCAUCAGAAGCGGGUUCAAAAAAAGAGGGAUUUUACCAUUUGAUGAUAAAGUCAUACCAGAAGAACUCUACGAUGCGGAAGAUCUCAGAAGGUGGAAAACAUCACAAAAUAUUGUUACUGUACGUCAAGAUGUCUCCGGUCAAAACAAUGUCGAGCCUCCUAUUCAAAUGCAUACAUAUCCGGCAAACAAAGAGAUGGAAAUUGAUCGUUCAAACUGUCCAUCAACAAAUAGUGAUAGAGACAUCCAAGCAAGUUGCACUAGUCAAAUCAACGACAUCGUCAGGAAGCUCUCCACAACCACAAACGUCUCUGGCGAUAACAAUAGCAUCUACAAAUAUCCUCACAUAACCAGAUUUUUUCAUAAAAAUUAUCCGUCAGCCUUCUUAUUUAGGAGAUUGGAUCUCGACGUCCCUGAUGUAACUUCUGUAACAGAAGAUGAAGACCUAUUUGAAGUAGGACUAUCUCCUGGACACAGCAGAGCACUGGUUCUAAAGUACUCCACUGCCUAUGCAGGAGUGUAUGGCACUGGAAUUGACGUGGCCACCGCACUCACUCCUCAAGUUAGAUACGCUGUUGCGAGUCACUAUAUAAACUCAUUAUUAGCUAUAGUUCCUCUAAAUAUCCAUGAGAAAAUCAUAGAAGGCCUAAGACCUUUUGCAUUCAGUGGUGCGGUUCAAUUCACCCAAAUGUCUUUGGAUGAGUACCAGGCGUAUAAAGAUGCGAGAGUGUCUCCUGAAAGAUUGAUGUUCUGCGCAUCAAUGGUAGCAACAUGCUUCACUAAACACAAUAUAUCUGUGAAUGGACUCGUCCCAAAAAGGACCACCCAACAUCUAAAAGAGCUCAACCUACCCCACAAUGCAAUUAUGUGGAUGCAGAAGGCGGUAAUUCUUGGAACUGUCAACAUCAUAAGGAGAGUGCUCUACCCUCAUUAACAGACGGGGUUGUCCUUGGCGCACGCGUGCCCGGACAAUACCCAAUAAUCCCACGAAAGUGUGAAAAAAAAAAAAUAAAUAUACAGUUGAAUUAUUUUAAACCGAUAAAUCACGAGUCGUAUUGAUAUUGUUAUUAUUUUCAUACUAGCAAUGCUUUUUUGACCAAAGUGAAAAAUAUUGGAAAUACCUGGGUGACCAAUUUUCGGUCGAGUUGGGAAAGUGGCCUUUUUUACGUUGAAGAGAUGAUGCAGAAGAUGAACUAAUAAAUUUUCAAUUUUUUGUAGUCGUUAAUAUUUAUUUCAGCUGAAUAUAAAAAAUCAUGCAUUUAAGGGUUAAGGUUCUCACUUCUGAUGGAGCAAGUUUUUUCAUGUGCUAUAUCUUGGGAGUGAAGUUGAACUGGCCAGACAUUAAACCAUAUUUGCUUCACCCAAAAACAAAUGGAAAGAUUCAUAUAAUUUUUGAUGCUUGCCACAAGGUCAAAUUGUGUCCGAAUACUCUAGGUGAUUGGGGAUAUUUUUAUGACGAGGACAACAAAGAAAUAAAUUGAAAAUUUUCCACUGAAUUGGUGAAGAUACAGAAUGAGUUUGCAUAUGCCAACUAAAAUUCGGAAUA